CACGAUCAUGUACCGUCGCCUGAGAGCUAACCGUGAGCAGGGGAGGGAAAAGACGGCGAAACAAAGUUUGAAGCGGAGGCGGCGGCGGUUGUAGAACAGGCGGAGGUUUGGACGGAGACGAGCGGGCGCGUUACCGGGCUUUCUGCCCUACUUUUGGAUUACGACAUGGACGCUUUGAAAUCCGCCGGCAGAGCGAUUAUACGGAGCCCGAGUAUCGCCAAACAGUCGUGGGGUUCCGGCAGACAUAAAAAGCUUCCAGAGAACUGGACGGACACGAGGGAGACGCUGCAGGAGGGCAUGGUGUUCCAGCUCAAGUAUCUGGGAGUCACCAUGGUGGAGCAGCCCAAGGGAGAGGAGAUGUCAGCGGCGGCCGUCAAGAGGAUCGUGACCACGGCCAAAGCGAGUGGAAAGAAACUCCAGAAAGUCACGUUAACGGUCUCUCCGCGAGGAAUCAUCCUAUACGACAGUGCCUCCAAACAGCUGAUAGAAAACAUCUCCAUAUACAGAAUAUCAUACUGCACGGCAGACAAGAUGCACGACAAAGUGUUUGCCUACAUCGUCCAGAGCCAACACAACGAGACUCUCGAGUGUCAUGCCUUCUUGUGCACAAAGAGAAAAAUGGCUCAGGCGGUAACCCUCACAGUGGCUCAGGCUUUCAGAGUGGCGUUUGAGUUCUGGCAAGCCGCCAAGGAAGAGAAAGAGAAGCGAGUGAAGUCGGGUUCAGACGGCGAAGGAGCCAGCAACUCUCAGUCGGAGAGCUCGGCCAGCCUGGGCAGCUUGAAGGGAGGGGAGGUGGCCACUGCAAAGCUUCUGGACUUGACCGAGGGAGCCAACGUGGCACAGGUCCACUUGGACACAAAGCAGGCGGAGUCUGAUCCUUUUAUGGUGCAUAACCACACAACAGAGAACAACAAUACUGUAUGGGAGCUGGAGGACGGUCUGGACGAGGCUUUUUCAAGACUCGCUGAGUCUCGCACUAACCCCCAGGUCCUGGACAUUGGGGUGAACCCUCAGGACUUCAACGCUGAAGAGUGCCUGUCCCCGGGCAAAUGGGACCAAGAGGACACAGACUUUGCCGCUCAGAAAGAUUCUUUCGGGUGCUAACGUGACGCCAAGACGAGGAGGAAGUGUGGCAGAAGAGGACAUAACGAGACAUUUCUGACGUCCGGGAGGUUUCCCACCCUCCGUCUAGUGGCUGUGUGAUGCUACUGCAUCCACACGAGCAGAGAGGAACAUGAGCGAGGCUGCUCAUAGAACAGGCCAAAGCAAUACAAACCAAUAUCUCCCUUCUUUUCUAGAGGGGGGGGGGGAACCAGGCAGUUAUUUAAUGUUUUAACAGUCCAAUGUGUUA